AGCUCAUCUAGCGGCAUCUCAGCGAGCCUUGAAGGCUCUCCACACACAGGUAUCUUCUUCCUCAGCAUUCUUCGUCUCACGCCUUCUCCUUGGUCGGCCGCAGCGGGAAAAACCGACCCAGCACCACUUGCGCCUCGGCUAACACCUGAGACAAGACACACGCGACACAGGAGACGGAUGGAAUGCACGGAUGGAUGGGCGAUAGCGUUGCUUACCGCAGCGCACUCAUUCUCAUCGGCAUCAGGCAGGUCCCCAUGCUUGAGCAUGGUCACAAACCGUUCGGGAGUGCUUGUGCUGAACCUGACAUAUCCACACACGCACCAUUGCGCGUUCUUCUGCUGGUGUGAUGUCUGCCUUGCGUGCGCACCCGGCCGUGUGUGUGGCGUUCCUGAUGCCCUGCUGCACGAGUGACUGCCAUGGUGGCGCGGGAGACGAAGGGGAGGGUGGCUGCAAAUACGGCUGGGGAGGGGGAUGCACCAAAGUGGGGUCGAUCUCACUCCUGCAUGCAGUCAUUCGCAGAUGGAUGGAUGGCUCUAACCCGCCCUCACGUCUAUCCUUCUCUGUCUUCUGUCUAUUGUCUACCAGUGGUGUUGGGGUAUGUCGUGCUGCAUCCUGCACUGCAGCCAUGCAAGCGACCACAGGGCAUGAAGACCCAGGCCACACCCCCUUUCAGCGUCGCCGCACUCCCACACAAAUCGACUCUGCAGUGAACAACACACACAUUGUGUCCAUCCAUUCAUCGCACAGUGGCCGUCUGGCGCUUCUGACCUUUAUCCUCCCAGCGGCCCUCAUCGCUCUCACAGCCGGAUCGUCCCAGGGCAACGGCGCAUCGACGUCAUCAUUGCCAGUCUCUCCCUUGUUGAUGUUGUUGGCCGGUGUGUCGUCACGUGUGCCGUCGCCCUCCUUGCUGGCUACUUCGGCGGUGGAUGGGCUGAUGGUCUCGAGCAGCGACGCGCGGAGGUCCUCGUACUCACCCAUGGCGAAAUCUGAGAGCGAGGGGUGCGUGUUGUACAGCCAUCUGUGUGUGUGUGUGUGUGUCAGCUGCCCACCGAAUAGCCGCAGGUGUGUGUCGAUGCUCAGUGGUUCCUCCAUGUGCUUGGAAUCGUCAUACACCUGCACGGACGAGCACCGGUCCGUCGGUAUGGCGUGUUGAGGUCGGGUUGUGUUGACUGGCUGAAUCAAUUGCUGACCCUCAUGGCCUCUUCCAGGGGAUUCGCAUCUGCCGGCAGCCUCAACAUCGCCUCUAUCGCAAAGGCAUACGUCUUCCCCGACACAGGCAGCUGCCUGCACGCCCACACUCACUCACACAGCCACAUAUAGAUGAGAAAUGGCACUGAUUGCCUCUCUGGCUUGUGUGUAGCGUAGCGCACAAACCAGUUUUCCCUGCAGACUUGGAGCACUUGGCGGACCCUCCAGUACUCCUGGCGGUCCAGGUAGUGGUCCUGAUGGAUCAGAACAGCAACACACAAAGCCAUCGACGUGUGUGGAUGGACUCACUACAUAUAUCAGCCGAUGUGUGUACCAUGAUGAGGUGGAUCAUGAAGGACGAGGGCGGGUGGCUCAGGAACGCAUUGAAGCUACGCAACACCUGUACCAAAGCACCACAGCAGCAAACACUCCCGAAGGCACAUGACGCGUGUUGGCCAUACAUGGUUUGCGUCUACCGCACCUCCAGAGGUUCAUCGAGGUUGUCAGGCUGUGUGGUGAGUGUGAGCGUUAUGAGUCUGUCCGCCGUCUGCUGGUGGUCGUGCGGCCGGCCCAGGUUGUAGUAGAGGUUCAGCGCCCACAGACCCACUCGAUAAUCAUACUCAUCCUGACACCUGAGGCGCACACACCAACCGCACAACACAGAGAUGCCGUCCACUGCACAUGUGCUCUGUGUAUCUGUGUGCGCGCCUACACUCUCCAGACGCGAAAGAGGUGUUGCGGUCCGAUCUGCGGCCACAGGUGCUGCCUGUGCAGGAGCGUCUCCUUGAGCUCUGACGCAGCCAGCUCCGCCUUGGUCAGCUGGCGCAACACAGUCUCGCCGGUCGGCAGGCGUGCAUGCGCAGACCGAGAUGUGUGUAGCCUGCGCUCACACACGCACACAAGACCAAUGCGUUGCUGAUGAUAUGAUUUGCACGCAUUGGUCCUUACUCCCGUGGUUGCGGCUGCUGUGAUAUGGCCGACUGGGGUGGUGCAAGCCUCCUGGCCGGUCCCCGGCAGCCAGCAAUGAGUGGGACGCGCGUCAUCAUAACACUUAGGGUUUGUAGGUGUAGGGUUUAGCCCGCACCACUGAAUUCGCGACGAGAGACGGCUCUUUUUUGGCACGGACACAGCACUUUCACCUGUUUUCCCCGCUCGCCCCACGGCCACCUACACGAUUUGCCCCUUCUGCCCCACUUUUGCCCCUUUUGAGUGCGGCAGAACCGCAACACAACAUCAUGCUGCCGCUGCCGCCGAACUUUGCGAGGAGGUCGUCGGCGACGGUCGCCCUGACGGUAGGCUGGCG